AUGAAGGUGACGUGCGAUGAACACGCCACCGUUGCGUGCUGUUUAAAAGUUGGACUGCUCAAGAACGUGAUGCUCUGCCCAAAGUGCGACGGCGCCAUGACCAUGUCCGUCCCAACGAAGCGUUGGUUCUGCCGCCGGUCUUCUUGCGGCGAUGUCCAGCGAAGCAUCAAGGCGGACGCGUUCUUCGCCAAGUCAAAGUUACCAUUGACGAAGACGGUCCGCCUGAUGUUUGACUGCGCUCGCACAAGUCAGUGUCUGUGGUGA